AUGGGGACCCAGGACGGAGCAGAGCUCUGCUUUCCAGAACUCAACACCUCCUGCAGGAAGCCGACACCUCCUUGGUCUGAAGCUGUGCUCCUGAACAUUCUUCUGUCCUUCAUCUCUGCGCUCAUUGUAGCUCUCAACCUGCUCAUCAUCAUCUCAAUCUCCCACUUCAGGCAGCUCCACACACCCACUAACAUCCUCCUCCUCUCUCUGGCUGUCUCAGACUUUCUUGUUGGCCUCCUGCUGAUGCCAGUAGAAAUCUUCCUAAGAACAUCCUGUUGGUUUCUUGGUGAUCUCAUGUGUUCGCUGUAUAAUUAUGUGUCCCUCAUCAUCACCUCUGCUUCAAUAGGAGACAUGGUGCUCAUAUCAGUCGACCGUUAUGUGGCUAUUUGUGACCCUCUGCAUUACACCACCAGAGUCACUGGCAGAAGAGUUAAACUCUGUGUUUGUCUGUGUUGGAUCUGUUCUGUUUUCUACAGUGGUCUCUUUGUAAAGGACGACCUGACUCAACCAGACAGACAUAGUUCCUGUUAUGGAGAAUGUGUGAUUGUCAUUAAUUAUGUUGCAGGAGCUAUUGACCUUGUUUUGACCUUUAUUUUUCCAGUUACCAUCAUCAUAAUUCUGUACAUGAGAGUAUUUGUGGUGGCUGUGUCUCAGGCUCGUGCCAUGCGCUCUCACAUUACAGCUGUCACUCUCCAGCGUUCAGCUUCUCUAACAACAAAGAAAUCUGAGCUGAAAGCAGCCAGGACUCUUGGUGUUCUUGUAGUUGUGUUUCUAAUAUGUUUCUGUCCAUAUUACUGUGUUUCUCUUGCAGGGGACAACUUGCUCAACACCUCAUCUGCAUCUAUUGUGCUCUAUCUCUUCUAUUUUAACUCCUGUAUAAACCCUGUGAUCUAUGCCUUGUUUUACCCCUGGUUUAGAAAAGUUCUAAAACUAGUUGUCACUCUUCAGAUACUGCAGCCUGGUUCUCAUGAGGCCAACAUACUGUAGAGAGGCCGUGGAGUGACUGAGAUGACACCAUCUCCAUAGAGACAAAUUAAUAUGUUCAUGUUGUUCAGUGAGUGAAUUACCAAAUCCAGAGAAUGAAAAUAUGAGGCAUGUAUUUUUUAUGAACAAAAACACCUCUAGAAAUUAUUUCAAGCACUCUGUGUGUUGCUAUCAUUGACAGUUUCACAUGAAAUGUUGUAUCUUUUUUGAUCAUGGUGUGUAGUUUGUGAAUUCACAAAUUCACUACUCCCCUCAAACUACA